GGAACGCAAGAGUGAGACAAAUAGAUUUGGAAAAUGGUGAAUGGACGGCGGAUGCCCGUCAGUCCGUUUUUAGCAGCUGUUUUAAUUGACCGUUCAGUGCAUUAAUACGUAACCUUUGUCUUGCAAUAAUCAACUAAAAAUUCUAGUGACAUCAAUUCAUCCAUAAAUCUAACACUGCGCGUUUGUAAAAGUGGAGGUAUAAGAACAAAAGAUAUUGCGUGCGUCGUGUCUUGCCGUGACGUAACUGGAUUUCUAUUUUCCGUGAAUAACUGUUCAUGCACCGCUACGGUGGUGCGUAGAUGAUUGGUGUCUGCUCGAGUGUAGUUUGACGGCCACCAUCAUGUGGGAAGUGGACUCCGACACGGGGUCGCACAGUGUGUCAUCGGAUGGACUGCGUCGACGGCAAGGAUGGGACCCCGACGGAGAGAGCCUGGCUUCUCAGAUGGACGAGCUGGACGAGGUGCUCGCCGAGGAGGAGGAGGGCUGCCCGCUGCCCUCCACGCCAGAAGAUCAGCAUCUCCUAGAUGCAGAGAUGGCUGAAGUCCUCAAAGCAGGAGUGCUUUCAGACGAGAUCGAUCUUGGAGCUCUCGCCCACAAUGCCGCGGAACAAGCUGAGGAAUUCGUCCGCAAAGUGUGGGAAGCCUCAUGGAAUGUAUGUCACUUCAGACAUCUGCCCCGCUGGCUGCAGGAUAAUGACUACCUACACAAGGGCCACAGACCACCUCUGCCUUCGUUCAGCGCGUGUUUCGCUUCAAUUUUCCGAAUUCAUACUGAAACAGGCAACAUCUGGACCCAUUUGCUUGGCUGCGUAGCAUUUAUUGGAGUAGCUAUCUACUUCCUGUCCCGCCCCUCAAUAGAGAUACAAAUGCAGGAGAAAAUGAUCUUUGGUGUAUUCUUUGUGGGCGCAAUUGUGUGUCUUGGUUUUUCAUUUGCUUAUCACACCCUAUACUGCCACUCGGAGAUGGUUGGAAAGCUAUUUUCUAAGCUGGAUUACUGUGGAAUUGCUCUGCUCAUCAUGGGCUCAUUUGUUCCAUGGUUGUAUUACAGUUUCUACUGCCACUACCGGCCGAAAAUCAUUUAUUUAUCAGUAGUGGUUGUCUUAGGAAUAUUGUCUAUAAUAGUGUCCCUUUGGGACAGAUUUUCGGAGCCUCGACUACGACCUCUUCGAGCGGGAGUGUUCAUGGGUUUCGGGCUGUCAGGCAUUGUACCUGCCAUCCAUUAUGGUGUCACAGAAGGUUGGUUCAGUCAAGUAAGUAAGGCUUCACUAGGCUGGUUAGUUCUGAUGGGUUUGUUGUACAUUUUGGGUGCUAUGUUCUAUGCUCUGAGGGUCCCUGAAAGAUGGUUCCCAGGAAAGUGUGACAUCUGGUUCCAGUCUCAUCAAAUUUUCCAUGUGCUUGUGAUUGUAGCAGCUUUCGUGCACUAUCACGGCAUCAGUGAACUGGCCUCAUACCGAGUCACAGUUGGAGAAUGCAGUAUGCCUCCCUCAUCAAUCGCAUUCUAGCCCCUCCCUGAACCAAAUGUGAUAGUAGACCAUAGAUAAAUUUAAGUAGAUAUGAACAUUCAAUAGCUUCAUUGUAUAUUUUUUAAAUCUUUUAAUUUUAACAUGUUUUUAUAAAGUAAAUUACCAGUUUGGUUAUAAUUGCAUACACCUAUCUAAUUAAAACAAAACCUAAUGAGGCUGAUAAGGAUAACAAUCUUUGGAGGAAUUAAGUUAAUGAUAAUGGGCUACAUCUAUUGGGUAUUUUUUGGGGAAUAUAUUUUGUUUUGUUAUAAUUUACUUAACUUAGGAUGAUAGACUGUAAGGUAGGUCCAUUUUGUUGGUUUCUUACACAAUAUUGCACUGUAAUCUUGCACAUUAUUUUAAAAUUCCCUUUCUAGUACACAUAGAUAGAUAACACCUUUUCUAUGCAAGUUUUACAUCAAUUUUUACUUUUACAAUACUUACGAGCUUAUUUUUUGGUAUAUUGUAUGUACUUAAAUUAUUUUUGCCUACACUCCUUGCACUAAUGUUAAGACCAAUGUUAGGAAAGUUAGAGUUUAGGCUGGACCACAAAUUUUCCUGGAUUCCAUAGUUCUUCCAAGUUCCAACAUUUGUCUUUAUUGUUCUUCCGCAAGGCUUCGUCGACUGCAUGUGUUGGAAUCAUUGUGCAAGAUAGGUUUCAUGCUCUAGUAAGCUACAGCACGUCAUCAUUUCUAGUUGCCAUGUACAUUAAUCAAAGAACUAUUUGUAUCUUCAUAAUAUUCCAAUUGUAUUGCUGAAUCUCAGUGUUGUUUUUGAAGGUUAUUCUUUAUUUUUUUAUUAAUAUUACAGUAAAGCCAUGGUCUAAUGGAUGAUAGGCUCUUCAAGUGACACUAGUUUCUGUACAACAUUCCAUCAGAUAUUCCUGUUUAUUUAGCUAUGUUAUUUAUUUUUCGAAUCAUUCAUUGUAUCAUUUAACUAGUUCUGUGGUCUGCAUUAGAUGUUAAAAUAUGAAUUAAUUGAAAGUAUAUUCUAAAUUGUUGUAAGUGUUCAUAUGUGUAAAGAUUUUAUGAGAAAGAAAAUGUAAAAAAAAAGAUUUGUGAUGUAUAUUUCAAAGCUGAGCUCUAUCUUGAAAAGUACAUUGUAAUAUUAAAGUCGUAAAGUUGGAAAUCCAAAUUGCUUUAUUUUUGUGUUUAUGUGGGGAAAAAAAUAUUAUUUUAAUUUGUGAGUUUUUGUGAAUAUAUUUUCUUAAAAUCUCAUAAAAUUAUUGUAUAGACUGCGUCUUAAUAUAGAAAAGUAAUUGUAGUGAUGUUCUGCUUUGUCGAUUGUAAAGAGUGGUGUUUAAAAGAUACCAAUAUAUAUUUCUAAUCCCAACAUUGGCAUAUCAACGUGUCUAACAACGAGAGACAAUAUUUUUCAAAUGUUUUGGUGCAAGUUUAAUUUAUAAUAUUUUUUAUUAUCAGUAUUAAUCUGGCAAUCGAAAAAGCACUGCGAGAUUAUGUUUCUUUUCUAUUUUAACUUUAUUGGCCGUUUUGUGAAAUAAAAUUAUAUUUAAGAUUAAUGUAAAUGGUGUAACCAAUGAUACGAGUAGGAAUGUUCUAAGAAUGGGCACAAAAGUGGUAUAAUUUUAGUUCACGUGGCCUGUACAGCGUGACUGUCAAGGUUAGGGCAAUAGCAACAACAUACUUGUAAUGCUUAGAAAUAUCUGCUUUCACUAUUCUUUGGGAAAAAAUUGUUAAGUGUUUUCUUUUUGACGGGAUAACAUUAAGAUUAUGCAAUAAAAACAUUAAAAACCA